AUGUCGCCCGUCACUCGUUUCUUCUCGGCGGCAGCGGUCGCGUCCGUCGCGACGGCGGCUGUGAUGGAAUUGCCCAUCAUCGUGGACAACGGCUACAAAACUGUCGAGUUCAACAUCGGCACGCCCGCCAAGACGUACCGCCUCCUCUUCGACACAGGCAGCUCGUCGUCCUGGGCCGUCGACAGCACCUGCAAGACCGAGUGCGCCAACGUCAGCGGAUACAACCGCACCGGCUACGACAUCGCCGCCUCCAGCACCGGCAACCUCACCGGCAACUCGGCCGACAUCCCGUACCUCGGCGGGCGCGUCGCGGGCCCCGCCGUCGAAGAGGUGUGGUCCGCCGGCGGCGUCACCUGGGACCAGGCCUUCAUCGCGGCCAACGAGUCCAACUGGGCCGCCCUCGCCGCCGACGGCUUCAUGGGCCUCGGCUUCAGCUCCAUCAUCGACGGCGGCGCCAACACCGUCAUGGAGACCCUCAUGGCCGAGGGGCACCUCGACGCCGCCAAGUUCGGCAUCUACUACGGCACCGAGUUCACCAACACCGGCGGCGUGCCCGGCGACGGCGUGCUCACCCUCGGCGGCUCGCGCGAGGCCGAUUUUGUCGACGGCGACCUCACCACGAUCCCCAUCACGCGCGUCAUCCCCGGCUUCUACGACGUGUGGCGCUCGACCAUGCUCGCGGUCAACGGCACGCGCACCACCGCCAACGGCAGCGUCACCGAGACCGAGGUGGACUUUGACAUUGGCCGGGUCGUCUUCGACACGGGCGCGGGCUCCAUCACGCUGCCCGAGGCGCAGAACCUGAAGGUGUACGAGUCCAUCGGGAUGAACUACACGGCGAUCCUCAACGGCGAGCACAUCCCGCUCUGCAGCGAGUUCAACUCGUCGUGGUCCUUCAAGUUCAGCUUCGGCGACUACCGCACGCCGCAGGUCGUCGAGAUCACGGGCGAGCAGCUGAAGCGGCCCGGCUUCGCGAACCGCGAGGACGCGUGCUGGCCGCCGUUCGAGGGCGGCGAGACGAGCGGGUUCACGCUGAUUGGCACGCCGUUCCUGCGCAACUUUUACACCGUCUGGGACUUUGGGGCCGCGGCGAACGAGACGGACAUUUCCAAGUUUGACCCGAAGCUGUCGUUUGGCAAGAUCAAGGCCAAGGCGUGA